AUGGCGGGAAAGCCUGUGCUCCACUACUUGGAUGCCCGGGGCAGGGCGGAGUCCAUCCGGUGGCUUUUGGCUGCAGCUGGAGUAGAGUUUGAAGAGAAAUUCAUCACCUCUAAAGAAGACUUGCAGAAGAUGAGAAAUGAUGGAGUGCUGAUGUUCCAGCAAUUGCCCCUGGUUGAGAUUGAUGGGAUGAAGCUGGUUCAAACCAGAGCCAUUCUCAACUACAUUGCCAACAAAUACAACCUCUAUGGGAAAGACAUGAAGGAAAGAGCCUUGAUCGAUAUGUACACAGAAGGCAUAGCAGAUUUGAAUAUAAUGGUUCUUCAUUACCCAUUUCUUCCACCUGUGGAACAAGAGACAAACCUUGCUCAGAUCAAGGAUAAAACAAAAAACCGCUACUUUUCUGCGUUUGAAAAGGUAUUGAAGAGCCACGGACAAGACUACCUUGUUGGUAACAAGCUGAGCAAGGCUGACAUCCACCUGGUUGAACUUAUCUACAACGUGGAAGAGAUUGACCCCAGUGCCACAGCCAACUUUCCUCUGCUUCAGGCUCUGAAGACGAGAAUCAGCAACCUCCCCACCGUGAAGAAGUUCCUGCAGCCUGGCAGCCAGAGGAAACCUUCUCCGGAUGAGAAAGCUAGACAAGAAAUAAUCAAGAUUUUACAUUAA